UCCUGUCAAACAAAACUUUCUUUCUAGUCGUCAAUAAGGCACGGCCGUUGCCUUCACUCUCUCCAGUCCGUCCAGUCCACCACCAAAAACCAUAAAUAAAAAUGGCAACGGCCAGCAUCAUCACCACCACUCUCCCACCGUCCCUCCGCCGUACCAACCUCACAUCAUUUCACAAACCUUGUAAACCCCUAAUUCGCAUUCUCACCAAACCUUCACCAAUACCCACCACCAGAGUCCAAUCCAGCAGCGGUUCUAAUGUAGUGAGCCUUCAUAGUGCAAUUCAAUUGGUCCAGUUAUCACCGCCCACGUGGGAGUCUGCUGUUUUGAGUAAUUUGUUGAUUUUUUUGGUGGGAUCGCCUGUUCUUGUAACCGGGUUGUCUGUUUCCGGCAUCGUUGCUGCCUUCUUGUUGGGUACUCUUACGUGGCGCGGGUUCGGGCCGUCUGGGUUUCUUCUUGUUGCUGUUUACUUUGUUAUUGGUACAGCAGUAACCAAAGUGAAAAUGGCACAAAAGGAAGCCCAAGGUGUUGCAGAGAAGGGAAAAGGAAGAAGAGGGCCUGGGAGUGUAAUAGGUUCAAGUGCUGCGGGUUGUGUUUGCGCCCUCCUUUCAAUUUAUGGAGUUGGUGGCAAAUCAUUUACUCGCCUUUGGGAACUUGGGUUUGUUGCUAGUUUUUGUACCAAGUUGAGUGACACCGUCUCUAGUGAGAUAGGAAAGGCGUACGGUAAAACCACAUACUUAGUAACAACAUUUAAGGUUGUCCCAAGGGGAACAGAAGGGGCCGUUAGUGUUGAGGGGACCGUUGCUGGGGUUCUGGCUUCUAUUCUUCUUGCCUCUAUUGGUUGCCUUCUGGGCAAGAUAAAGGUUGCUGAGGUGGUCGUAUGUGUGUUGGCUUCACAAAUUGCAAACGUUGGCGAGAGUGUGAUAGGAGCUGUGCUCCAAGAUAAAGAAGGAUUCAAAUGGCUCACUAAUGAUGCAGUCAAUGUGAUCAAUAUAUCACUAGGCAGCAUACUUGCCAUCUUGAUCCAACAAUUCCUACUCCAAUACUGGCUUCCAUAAAUCUAAUCCUGGAUACCUGAGUCGAGUUCCUUCGUUUUGUGAUUCUAAAUACCAUCUUCUCGAGCUGUAAAGAAACUUGAUUCGUGUUUGUUGUAAAAUGGCUAAUUUUAACAGUAGUUACCGACUCCCGAUUCUUCCCUCUUUGUAUCGUUUACUAGGUGGCAAUAUAAACCAGGUUUCCCUCUUUGUAUA